AUGGCGCCCCAGAUCCAGCAACCGCCAAUGAGCGCCAUCAAAAACACGUACGAAACCCGUGCGCGUGUCGUCAGCGAAAGACGCUUCCAAUCCAGAAAGCUCCCCAACAUCGCGGUGCCAGCGAUCUGCGCCAGCGCUGAGACGAGCGACGCCAAGGCACGGGAGCGGAUGGAGAAGUAG